CGCCUUCCCGCGCUCUCCGGAGACCCACGCGACCCGGCGCUGCAUCGGCGGCCCGGCCUACAACAAAACCGGAGCAGGAGCCUGAGGAGACGGAGGGCGCGCGCAGCUCCGGUGCCACGUGACGCGACCCGCCCACGUGACCGGUGGCCCUGGCGCUAGCGCUGGCACCGGGGCUGUGGGGGAGGAGCCGGUUACGGCGGCGGCGCUGAGGGCUCAGGGCCUGGCCCGGAGGCCUGACAGGUAGAGCGCUGCUGGGCGGAGGAGCGGCGAGCCGGGGAGCCGGGCGGGGCCUUGCUCAGCGGCUGCGAAGUCCGCGCCCUCCCGAGGGCCGUGCGCACCAGGCGCGUUCGCGAUCCUUCGGCGUCGCGCACUCUGCACCCCCGGCGUUCUGUCCUGCGGGAACUUCACCCAGGUGUGCGGCGGCGAGCUGAGUAAAUGGCGUUGCCCGCGGCCUGCCUCUGAGGAAACUCGCUGCCGGUCCCACUGGAGAGGAACACCGAGCACGCAGGUCAGCAGAAGAGCUGUUCAGAGGGAGAAAAUACUGUGGGUGACAUCAUUCCCUGUGUUCCAAAUACAUUCUGGAAAAGGCCUGGUUUGAAGGUUACAAAAGGAUUUGACACAUUGGGGAAGUGAGUGAUCCAUUUCACUGAUGCGGAGAUGUCAGCUUAUUUAUAGGAGUCAUCCAAAGCCACAGUCAUGGUAGAUGUAGGAAAGUGGCCAAUCUUCACUCUGCUCUCGCCCCAGGAAACUGGAUCUAUCAGGAAAGCGUGUGUCUUUGGAAUCUCGGCCAGCGAGGCGAUCUAUGUCACUGACAGUGAUGAGGUCUUCGUGUUUGGACUGAACUAUAGUAACUGUCUAGGAACUGGAGAUAACCAGAGCACCCUGGUGCCCAAGAAACUAGAAGCUUUGUGUGGAAAAAGGAUCAAAAGCCUUAGUUACGGGAGUGGUCCCCAUGUCCUCCUCAGCACUGAAGAUGGAGUCGUCUAUGCCUGGGGCCAUAAUGGAUACAGCCAGCUGGGAAACGGGACCACCAACCAAGGCAUUGCCCCUAUUCAAGUCUGCACUAAUCUCUUGGUCAAACAAGUGGUUGAGGUAGCUUGUGGUUCACAUCAUUCCAUGGCUUUAGCAGCUGAUGGAGAGUUAUUUGCUUGGGGCUAUAACAACUGUGGUCAGGUGGGAUCAGGAUCUACAGCAAAUCAGCCAACUCCUCGGAAAGUUACCAACUGUUUACAUACCAAGAGAGUGGUCAACAUUGCCUGUGGUCAGACCUCAUCCAUGGCUGUUCUGGACAGUGGUGAGGUGUAUGGCUGGGGCUACAAUGGCAAUGGACAGCUGGGCCUGGGAAACAACGGCAACCAGUUGACCCCAGUGAGGGUGGCAGCCCUGCACGGCGUGUGCGUGAACCAGAUCGUCUGCGGUUAUGCACAUACACUAGCACUCACAGAUGAGGGACUGCUCUAUGCCUGGGGAGCUAACACAUAUGGGCAGCUGGGAACUGGAAGCAAAAAUAACCUGCUGAGCCCCACACAGAUCAUGGUGGAAAAAGAAAGGGUUAUAGAGAUUGCAGCUUGUCACUCCACCCACACAUCUGCUGCCAAGACGCAGGGCGGGCAUGUGUACAUGUGGGGCCAGUGCCGGGGCCAGUCUGUCAUCCUCCCGCACCUAACCCACUUCUCCUGCACCGAUGACGUAUUUGCCUGUUUUGGCACCCCAGCUGUCUCAUGGCGCCUCCUGUCUGUAGAGCAUGAAGACUUUUUAACAGUUGCAGAAUCACUGAAGAAAGAAUUUGAUAGUCCAGAAACUGCAGAUCUGAAGUUUCGAAUUGAUGGGAAAUAUAUUCACGUCCAUAAAGCUGUUUUGAAGAUCAGGUACUUUUGCAUGAUGUAGAGCUCUCAGUAGUAACUGUUU